GCGCGGCGCGCGCUGCGUCAGUAGUUCGCGGACCUCCAUCGUGUCUUGACCGUCUUUCCGAUCGCGUCCGGCUUCGCCCCGCGUCAAGAAAGAGAGAGACAGACACAUAGAGAGGGAGCGGUAGCCGCCGAGAGAAACGCCACGGGACAAAAGUGCCUUCUUACCUACUCGCCGCGUACGGAGAAAGAGCCCCGUCGGGAUGGCGGACGACAAUCACGAGAACGGCACCAGUAACGGCGACGUGCCCGAGAUCGAGCUGAUCAUCAAGGCAUCGACGAUCGACGGCCGUCGAAAGGGCGCCUGUCUCUUCUGCCAGGAAUAUUUCAUGGAUCUGUACCUCUUGGCGGAGCUGAAGACGAUCUCUCUGAAAGUGACCACCGUGGACAUGCAGAAACCGCCGCCCGACUUCCGCACCAACUUCCAGGCAACGCCACCGCCCAUCCUGAUCGACAACGGUGACGCGAUACUAGAGAACGAGAAGAUCGAACGACACAUCAUGAAGAACAUCCCCGGCGGGCACAAUCUGUUUGUACAAGAUAAGGAAGUGGCCACUCUCGUGGAGAACUUGUUCAGCAAACUCAAGUUGCUGCUGCUGAACGCGAAGGACAAGGACAAGGAUCCCAAGACCUCGUCGCUGAUGGCGCAUCUGCGUAAGAUCGACGAGCAUCUGGGUCGCAAGGGCACGCGCUUCCUCACCGGCGACACCAUGUGCUGCUUCGACUGCGAGCUGAUGCCGCGGCUCCAGCACAUCAGGGUCGCCGGCAAGUACUUUGCCGACUUCGAGAUACCGGAGACCCUGGUGCACCUGUGGCGAUACAUGCACCACAUGUACAGGCUCGACGCCUUCCUACAGAGCUGCCCGGCCGAUCAGGAUAUCAUUAAUCACUACAAACUGCAACAGGGUAUGAAGAUGAAGAAGCACGAGGAACUGGAGACGCCGACCUUCACAACGAGUAUCCCGAUCGAGGUCAACGACGACUAGGAUGGGCCUCUCCUCGGCGGGUCUGCGAUCGCGUGACUUCGAUUAGACAUCGAAAUCGGCCUAUAGCGAGACGGCAAAUCGCCUCGACGGGGUUUUAACGGCGCGCAUUUUGUAAUUUAAUAUAUUCAAUAUUAGUACCGAAAAGCAAGCAGGGAUUCUUCGCUGGAACUUCCGUCUUUCGGGCUCUCAGUUCGUGUCGUCGCCGCGUCAUCGAUCAAUUCAUAUCUUUGCUAAGCGAUCUUACUGUAUCGCAUCCCUUCCUUGUGGGAUCAAGUCAGGUGUAAACGGAUUAGCUUUUUUACUGCAAACGACGCGAAAACAUAUCUAAGUGCAUUAAGACUUUCAAAGUCUUAAAAACGAUUCUAGAAUAUUGAUCUUCUCCGUUCAUCUCUUUCCUUUUUUCCUCCCCCCACUAUGUACAAUGCGCGUACGUAGUUUCGACCUGAAUAGUAUUAGCAAGAUUUUAAUUUGCUAUUGUUGAUCCAAGGAUUAAGUUUACUUGGAGAAGCUACGAUAAUAUUGCCAUUGUCCAAUGGCAACAAUUAUGGAAACUAACACCAAGAAUGCAAAAGAAACGUAUGCGUUCGCGAGAAUUAAAUUGGUGCCAUUAUUGUAUCUUUGCAAUCUUAAUAGAAAUUAUCCUUUGGAUAGUAAUCAUUAUUCCUAGGCAUUAUUCUUACAUACGAUUAAGCAAUUAAAAAGUAGAUGAAAUCAAUGUAGAAUGCUUGAUGGAAUGUUUCAACAUUGCUCUUGAACUUGCAUAAAUCUUAUUAAAUAUUAGAUUUCUCCUUUUCUUUUCUUCAUUGUUCUUAUUCAGCCAUUCGUCACGAGCUACAGUAACAAGAUACUUAAGCGUGAUUGAGAUUUGCAUGAAUGGGAAGGGUACGUCGUUUGAACUUACACAUUUAUUUAACGUGCCGUUACAUGUCACGUUCUUAAACGCGAUUGCACGACGAAGAAAGGGAGACAUGUUAUCGCUAUAUACGUAGAAGAGAAAAGAAUUGCACUUUGCCGCAUCUCUCGCGGGACACGUGAUCCAGAGUGCGUACGUUUCUUCUGGAUUCCGCAGCGUGGUUCGAGGCAUCUUGUUAUUCCCGGUUCAUCGUUAGCCACUUUUACUGAUUUACAAGCAGAGAACGAGCGCAAAACAGUUCCCACGAUUGUUUUCCCCGAGCCGAAAGCAUUUAAAGUAACAGCAUCCGGGAGCUCGACUCCGCUCAUUUUCAUUAAUCCGCUGUUCCAGAAAACCGAACAAGCGACUGUCUAUUCCGCAUUAGUAAUUCUAUUAUUAUUAUUAUUAUUACUAUUAUAUUAUUAUUAAUUUUGGUUUAUAUAUCCGUAGAAGUCAAUAUACCAGUGUUUACAGUAAUGUCUGGAGCACCCCAUUAUUUAUCAUGGCGCAGAUACGCAGCGUAGACUAAGUUCUCGUGUCUGGUAUAAUACGAAAUAUUAUAAUUUUAUAUAUGAUA